CACGUGUCCGGAACUCAACGUCACAACAUUCGCCCCGACACGUUCUUAUUUAUUGCUAAACUAUUCGACACUGAGGGUAUAAAUAUAUAACAUUACACACCUGGGUGUUAUUAUAUACCAAUAUAUUACACACCUGCAUAUUAGUAUAUAUUAGACGUCAUGCGACGUGUGGGCUCGGUUCAGCAGAAAGUGUCCUGUAUUUUCAUGACAGAAGUGAAGGAAGAAGCUUCUAGAAAGCGCGACUGUCAGCCAUUUCACGUUGUGGCCACUGCAAUGGUCAACCCUGCAGUGUUGGAAGCUGACCUGAGCUGUGCUGUCGCCACAGAGAAGCUGGACGGCACCUGCUGCUAUGUGAGCCUCUACAAAGGGAAACCUCACCUGUGGGCUCGACUUGACAGGAGACCCAACAAACAAGCGGAGAAAAGAUUCAAGAAAUACCAGUACUCUCACAGGAGCUCCAAGGGUUUCACAUGGAACGUAGAGGAAGACUUUAAGACUGUUCCGGACACGUGGACCCCGGCUCACAGGGUGAAACAUCACAAUGGACACCCCGUUCCUGACGAGUAUGGUCAUAUUCCAGGCUGGGUUCCGGUGGAGGACGACAACAAGCAGUACUGCUGGCACUCCUCUGUGGUGGACUCCAGCGUUGGGUCAGCUCUGGUCCUCAGACCCGUCCUCAACAACGAAGACACAUUGGAAAUCGUUGCACUCCCAUUGGCCGAUCUGCUGGAACAAACUCUGGAGCUGAUUGGAACCAACGUCAAUGGAAACCCUUAUGGCUUGGGCUCUAAAAAGCAGCCCAUCCACUUUCUGGUGUCCCAUGGGAGCAUCUGCAUCAGAAACCCUCCUCCAGUGGACUUCCAACAGCUCUACUCGUGGUUUCGGGGAGAUUCUGAGGGUCGGAUUGAGGGAAUCGUGUGGCACUGUGCUGGUGGAUCACUCUUCAAGCUUCACCGCCAUCACCUGGGCCUGGAGUGGCCAGCAGAGGGCACUCACCUGGGCAACAAGCCAGUCGUGGUUGGUGUCAGUGGGACAACGUUGGACGACAAUAGCAAGAGUCUGUUUGUAUCAUUUUCACGCAUGAACGGACGUUGUUUCAGCCGCCUGCACGACGUCCACUUUGACCUGGAAAUCCAGUCCACUACUUGAACUUUUUCAAAGGCAGCCAAGCACUUCUAGCUUCCCGUUAGCCCAGCGUGCAGCUUUUUGACCAUGGUCAAAUAAAUACCUUCAAAUAGGCAGUCUAAGGGCCUGAUAUGCUAAUAUCCAAAAACCAGAUGCUAAACAAAGUGUACAAAGUAUCAAAUAGUUCAUAAGAUUGUAGCAUUUUAGUGUUUUGGUGCCACCGUACGUCUGUUACCUUGAGUCACAGGUUCAAAAAUGUGUCUAGAAACUCCACCAAUGCCAAAGACGGCUUACAAACGUGAAAAAAAAAACAAUUUCUGCUGAAUAGGAGUCUUAUAUUUCAAAAUGUGGACCACAUUUCACUUAAAACUUGGCUUUUAAGCCUGGUGUAUCUCUUGUGUCAAGUAACUUUAAGAGCAGGUUCAAUUCCGGCACAUAUUAUUUCUGGUGCACAAAGAUCUUUUCCUCUCACACACCACACUUCUCAUUCAAUGUCGACCAUGUUGUUAACUUCCAAUAGUUAUUGAACAGGUUUGUGUAUUUUCAAUGACAUGAUAGCGCAAGAGUCCCAUGUCUCAAACGGCCGAAUAGUGUUGCAAAUAAUAAUAGCGUCCUCGAUUCGUUCAAAGUAGCACAGUCCAUCUUCACCAAGGUAAUUUCCUCUAGCUUAUAAGUAAAAUGUCCAUUAAAAGCCAACGGAUGAUUGUGAAGGAUUCAUUCCAGUGUAGACAAAGAUGCGGAGGUUGUGCUUGUCACUCUUCACAAGAAUUGUCUACGCCAGCUGCGGUCGCUCCUUCGGGAGACACUGCCCCUCAGUGUUUGGACAGAGAAUUACAAGUGUGGUGCCACCCCUCACUGAAGAACACGAACUCAAACAAGAUGCUGACAGAGGGGACGCAAGCGAGGUGAUGCAAGAGUAUAUUCCAGUUUUUAGUUUUCAGUAAACAAAUGUUACACUUCAGCUUGUUCCACUCUAUUGAUGUUGGUUACCAUGACGACUUGUAAAAUAAACUGUAUUUUGUAGUCGGCAAAGUACAUCUACUUCAAGUAA